AUGAUAAGUCGCCAUCUUGGUGGUGGUGGUGGUGGUGGUGGUGGUGGAGGCGGGGUGGUGACGAGAAGAAAGGAAGUGCGACCGGUUGGAACCCUGGCUACGGAAGCAGACACGUUAGUGCCACCAGCUACGUCACCAUGCCUGGCCCAGCCCACCAGCGCACCAUUGGGUGCUGAGGCCGCUUACGCGUCGCACUUCCUUGUCUGUUCCGCAUGUUCAGGGCGGCUUGCUCUCUUUUCCUUCGGCAGAGAAGAGGCCAUGGCGACGGCGGUGGCAUCUUUCGGCUCCCUGGCGCUACUCCUGGUGUUCGGCCUAUCUUACUGCUCGGCAGAGGCUUGCCUGGAACCCCAGAUCACCCCUUCUUACUAUACAACCUCAGAUGCCAUCAUUUCUACAGAGACCGUAUUCAUCGUGGAGAUCUCACUGACCUGCAAGAACAGGGUCCAGAACAUGGCUCUUUAUGCGGAUGUUAGGGGAAAACAGUUUCCUGUAACCCGGGGCCAGGAUGUGGGCCGAUACCAGGUGUCCUGGAGCCUGGAGCACAAGAGCGCCCACGCAGGCACCUAUGAGGUCAGAUUCUUCGAUGAAGAGUCCUACAGCCUCCUAAGGAAGGCUCAGAGAAAUAACGAGGACAUUUCCAUCAUCCCACCCCUAUUCACAGUCAGUGUGGACCAUCGGGGUACCUGGAAUGGGCCUUGGGUCUCCAUGGAGGUGUUGGCUGCACUAAUUGGCAUAGUGAUCUACUACCUGGCCUUCAGUGCAAAGAGCCACAUCUAGGCCUGGGGGCAGCAUCCUCGGCCCUCCAUUACUUUGCUCAAUAAACAGUCGCUGUUUGCCAUGAGUACACUUAAGGCACAGGACUCCUGUGUCUAUGGGGAGAGCUGGGGACCCAGCUGCCUUUGUCUGCCUGGACAGCAGAGAUCCUGAGUGAAGAA